UUCUGCAGAGGGAAGAAGAGGCUGAGUAAUCUCAGGUACCACACAAGACAGCCUGCACUUCCAGAACUUCAGGGCUGCUUCUAGAUGGGCUCUCAGCCCCUGUUCAUCAGCAUGAUGAACAAAGAUGAAAUUGCAAUCAAUAGCUCACUGAAAUGGGGAUCCUCACCAAUCAGAAAAGCUAUCAAAUGACUAGAUAUGGGGGUAAGGAACCUGAGAAGGCCCUGGGCCUCAAAAUGUGCCACGUAUUCUGAGGCACAGCCCACCUGACAAAGAACCACCACCAAGUGAGUACCCGCCAAGUGCAUCCAUGGAAAAAGGCUAAGUGGUCUCCCCUCCACGGCUUCCCCCAGAGCCUGACAACCAUCCCUGGACUGAGCCAGCAUCACGGGGAGCCUCCCCAAAAGGGAAGACUUUGCUGAGGCCGUCUGGGAAGCAAAGGUGCCCCCCCAGAGCCCUGCCUGGUAACUUAGCUUUCCAGGCCCCCCUGUUCUUUAAUGGGUCUCCAAGGGCAGACAGCUUCCCUAAAGGUGGGGGAUAGGGGCCAGGACCGCAACACAUCAGAAACAUCCUGCAGGCCUCAUCCAAGAACCAGGGGAAGAAUCCAUCUGACCCAGCACUGCAGACUCACACCACAACACCCAGAGUCCUCUCCCCCUGCCACCACUGGUGGGGCACACAGGCUGGGUGUCCAGAAAACCCCAGUAAGGGGAGGGAAGUGGGCACCAAGGGAUACCCUCCUUCAGCCCUGCAAGCUCUGGUCCUCUGUCUUCCUAUGAGUCCCCACGUGGAUACACCCACUCCCUAGGGGACAUGCUCCAUACAGAAACUGGGAUGAGGGGUCCCUCCUUGUCCACCUUCGCCAAGGACUGGGGAGCUGGCUAUAGUGGUCCAGCCUUAGAAAGACCACUCUUUACAGCAAUGGCCCCUCACUCAACAUGGAAGCUUGCCCUGUUCAAGGAAGCACUCUCAUUUUUGAACAUAGGCUUUCUGUGUGCACACAUGUCUUCCUGGCUCUGCACUUGCUCCCCACAUCCUCCCAAUCACACCCACUGGCGGCUCAGACCACAGUGUCCAUCGUCUCUGCCGUCCACAGAAACUCCUGUCCUGCUCACGUGUGUUCUGUGGCAGCCACUCAGAGCCUGGGCAGAAACGUGCCAGUGUGGACAGUGGCCUGGCCCCGAGGGGUCGCAAGGCACCAGCCUCACCAGGGGACAGCAGAGGGACAACGGAGACCAUUCCGAAUCAGGGCCAAGCUCCCAUCCUGCGCUGUGCGGGGCCGCGAUCUGGUCUGACAGACACCAGCCCCCAGCCCUCACAGGCCAGCAGCAGAUGGCCAGCACAGGCCACCACCUGAAGGCAGCUGAGAGUGGGACAGAGCUCAGCUCUUGCCAACAGGCCAGAGCAAAGAAAGGCCACGAGAGGGCAAGCGGCGGUGCUGACCUGCUGCAAAUGAGCACGUGCGGGAAUGUGGACAGUAUAGCCCUUUGUUGAUGCGUUGUAAUAAAAUAUCACAACUUAAUUUGCAUCACAAGUUAAUUCCUCUUAAACCACCUGGUGUCACCACUGGCCAACAGCUGGCUCAGUUGGGCCCGUGGGACUUUGGUUGUAGAGGCCCAGCCCCCCACCUCACCCCGCCUCCCAGAGGUUUCUGGGGCAUCCUGCCCACAGGGAAGAGAGGAUCAGGAAUUGCCUCAGACCAGCCCCAUGUGAAACCACCUUCUGCUUGUCAUGCCCUUUGGUGGGGGGGUAGGGUUAGCCAGUGCUGGGGGGCCCUGGGGCUGGACCAUGCACUGGCCACCCCUACCACCAGGGCCCCAAGCAGGCAAGCACCUCCAGAGGCCCCUGCAGGACCUGGUUGAUAGCCUGGGGCUCUGCCCGUGGGCUCGGGUGGGGAGCAAGCCUUACCAUGGGUCAUCCCCAAAGUGCAGGCUUUGGCCCACCAGGAGGACCCCUCUGUCUGGCCAGCGGUGGGAAGGGACGUGAGAACGAACCUA